AUGAGAGCCACCUUCUUCCUCACGGCGCUGACUGCCCUGGCGUCGUGGGCAACAGCUGCUGAGAAAAAAGGAGGCGCAAAAGGAAAAGUGGAAGUCGCGUACCCGAUUCCUUUGGAUAUCGUCUUGAAAAGAGUUCGCGAGGGCGGGUUCGACUUCGAGGCCACGAUAUACAAUCACAACGUGGAAAGCAUAAAGGUGCUCAACUAUGCCACCUUUCUUCACAGGGGGGCUCCUGUCAAGAGAGCCGAAAUCUUUACCAGAGGAAAACGCGUGGCCUUCUUGGGCAUAGUGCCGAAAAUCGACUACACAAGGCUCAAGAGGAAGCAUUUCACCACCAUCCCCAGCGGCAAAACGAUCAGGGUCAAGUUUGACGUUGCUCAAAACUACGAUCUCACGGGCGGUGGUGAACAUACAAUCCAGCUACUGGGUGCUUUGCCCUUUGGUCAGAUCAAGGGGCGCCACAUCGCAGGCUUCAUCCCCUACCAGUCCAACACCGUCAAGUUCAAUGUCAACGGUGAAGCUGCCGGGAGCGUGCGUGCAAAGUAUCUCCGGGACCGACGGUGGAUUCGCCGGGAGAACUGCAAGGGGGGGAGAGUUCCCAGGAUGCGAGAGUCACUCUCCCACUGCGUUCAAAUGUCUCUCGCUGCCCAAGAAGCGGCACUCAACGGCCCUUCUUGGAGGAUGGAGGAGGCUUUCGGCUUCGCAGACGUGCCGAUCCGUCAACAUGUCGCCAAGAUCUUUUCCGACACGGCAGAAAAAUGCCGAAACGACUCUUCCCGCAUCCACGAGUUCUGUCGCGAGUACUACAGGGACUGUGUCUCCAAUGAUAGAAUUCUCAUGGCCUACCUGAGAGAGCCAUCACUCCAGAUUGGCUACUGCGACCCAUUCUUUGACCUCUCAGUCUUACCCAAGAGGUGUUAUGUCUACGAUAGGCCCGACGCCUGGGGUUGGUUUCCCUCCCGAGCAUCCACCGUCAUUCAAAAGACGGUCCACUCGACCCUGCAUGCAGAGCCUGGACUCCCUAGGAUUCUUGCCUUGGACCGCAACUCUAGCUUGCAGAGCCCUGACAACUAUGAGCUGUUUGCCACACAUGUCAAGCUUGGCUGCCUUGCGGUGAAUCCCGGAGUGACCAACCCUAUACCGGGCAUACAUCUUUUUGGGCCCGUAGUAUUAUAA